AUGAUUACUAGCUCGGGAGCCAUCCACUCCAAGGAGGAGUGGGAGGUGUGGAAGAAAACCAUCACACAUCUGUACUUGUCCGAGAAGAGAAAGCUCCGAGAUGUGAGGGAGAUCAUGAUCCAGAAACAUGGAUUUCGCGCGACCAUACACCAGUACAAGAUCAGACUCCAGCAAUGGGGCCUCGAGAAGAACAACAAGGAGAGUGACAUGAGAUUCAUGUCGGCCAAGGCCGCUCAGAGAGCUGCUCAGGGCAAAAAGUCAGCCUUCCGCGUCAGGGGCAGAGAGAUAUCACAAACUGAGCUCGACCGAUACUGGCAUCGCAAGCACCAUGGCCAUCAAAAAGCUUGCUCCCAAGAUAUUGAGCUGUCCAAUAUGCCGGAUGAAAUCGAGUGCUACACGCCUGUGAGCAGUCGUCCAAACUCACCAACUCGGCCCGGUCUGGACCCCCCACAGCCGCCCGAGGUAAUCCCCCGGGACCCAGUUACGGCUGCAGCCGAACUCGUGGCGAUCCACCGGGAUCCCCCCGUUGUGCCAAACCAGUCUGUCGGGACACCUAUCGACACGCCCGUCCAUAUCGCGACACCCCCAGCAGCGCUGAUAUCACCACCCAAUACCGAGCUGGUCAGCCCUACGAGUGUCAAACCAAUCAAAUCACGACCAAACUUACCUCCCGAAAUACUCCUCCUGCGACAGCAACAGCGGCGGAAACCACCAAUUGGGAAGACGGAAGAGGACUUGCCCGAGAGCAGUCAUCCCGACAACUGGCGCCGCAAGCGCAAACUCACCGACUUACACCCACUUACACCACCAGGACACCUCCUCUCGGUUCAGACGGUGGUAACCGGCACGCGGGACUUUUACGUCCGCUUCGUGCACUCGCAGGUAGACGAGUCGGACGUAGUCCAGCAGCCACCGCACUGGAACCUGCGGCGCUUCUACGAACUCGCCCUUUCCGUGUCCGCCCAGCUCUCCCUACCCCAGUGGAACGACAAGCGCGACAGCAUCGUGACGCUCUACAACGACACGCUAGACCAGAUCCGGCCCAUCCUCACGCCCGACCCGAACCCGCUGCUGCUUACUUGUAUCUUCCAAGUCUGCUGUCGCUUCUGGCAGGACGGCAAGGCCCUGGCCCUGCGCUACCUCCUCACCUACAUUCGGCACGAGGUCGGCCAGCUCCACGGGCAGUCGCACCCGCUCUACGCCGUGUGCGACUCCCUGCUACGCAGCCCCGAGGUGCUGUCGGACCUGGUGGCCACCAGCCUCCGCUGGGCCGUCAACGGGCUGGCCGACCGCCUGGGCGCGGACCACCCGCAGACGCUCGCGGCGGCGCGCGGACUGUACUCGGCCCUCUACGCCCAGGGCGACCUGGCUUCGGCGAAAAGGUACAUGGUCGCGGCCGCCGAGCUGGAGGAGAAGGCUCACCCGGAAGACACGUACGGCAGGCUGGACUCGCUGGUCAGGGUCAUUCAUUGCGAGCUGGGCAUGAACGACAUCACGUCCGCGCUGGAGAACCUCAAGAUCUUUGAGAGCACGCUCGAUAGCCUGUCGGGCGCGGCCGAUUGGCGGAUGCGGCUGUGCUACUUGAGGGCCAAGGGUGAGGCGUUGAGGCAGCAGGGAGACCCAAAGGCGGUCGAUGUGCUCGAUGAGCAGCUGAGGCUGGCGAGGGAGAGCAGUCCGUUGCAGAAUGGUUGGUGGGCGGUAGUGUCGGGGGAGAAACAUCUGGCGUAUGCGAAACGGUCGGUUAGGACGAUGGAGAGGGUGGUGCCUUACCCGCUUCCUUGCUGA